UUCCUGUUGAGAAAGGGCCACCAGCUCCUCCGCAGUUACCGCCUCACUGAUGUCACUUGAAGUGUUCCUCGUCUAGGAGCAAGAUCGGGUGAGGAUUUAAGGUUGAAAAGCCACAGGAAGGUGCCACAACAGAUAAGAAGCAACAGAGAAAAGAGACGACGUAUGGUGGCUGAGCCGAGCGCCAGUAGCUCUUGGUCAUCAUGGCACGUCUCUCUGGACUAAAGGCCCUCUUGGCCCUUGCCACCCUCAUUGGCUCGACUCAACAUGCAGUCGCACAAGAUGCUUCAACCGCAGCUGCGCCCACAGCAGAUCUUCCUGCCUCCAACGCCAGUAACGCCAGUCCCACCAUUGAUGCAAAUGACACUCUGACCCCCACGCAACCUGCCUCCACUCAAACCCCAACAAUCCAAGCAACAGUCACAGAUAACCUGACAGAGUGUCCUGACAGAGAAUUUAGCAUUCCGAAGAAUUUUAAUUUUACUGUGACGAUCACAAUCAGUGAAAAGGACCUCCAUGGUACCACCAGUGGCCCUAUCGCUCCCACCAACAUUACCAAUGCAACUACCCCCAGUAUACCCCCAGCAAUUGUUCAUCAUUACAUGGUUGUUUUCAACAAUAACGAUUCUGACCCACUCAAUAGUAACUUUAGCGGUAGCUCAUUUACCAUCACCAAUCUCCAACCAUGCACCCACUACAGUUUUAAUGUCUUCCCCAUUCCCCAUAACAACACCACUCGUUGUAGACUCAAGGGUCCCACAACAUUCGUCACCAGAAAUAUAACUGAGGGAGAUGUCACACCGAUAUGGAAUGACUCAGCAGAGGAAAUGUGUUAUAAGACAACAUGGGAACCGGUAGAAAAACUGUGUUUUAAGGAGAAUGGGACCUGUGUGGUGAGAUCAUUUGACCCAGCUCCCCACUGUGGUUUCAUCAUACAACAGCAUGUACCCAUCGUUGAUAGCAUUAAACUGAAAUAUAUAAACAAGACAUACCCUAUCGAGAUUGAAUGGGAAAACAAACCCAGCGAAUGCCAAAAUAAGAAUUUGACUUUCAACUGUAGAGGACCAGAUGGUAUAUCUUAUACAGACGGAAAGUUAAAACCAUUUGAAGUUUAUAACUGCAUCGCAACCUACAGCAACUCCAAUUUUACUCUUCAAGCCCAAGAAACUGUUUCUACUGAAUGUGAUGUAAAGGUUGAAAUACCACACAUCAUAGCCACAAGCACAUCCCUCACUCUCCAAAGAAAUAGUACAUUUGGAGGUUGCACUGGUGUAAAUUUCACCUUUGAGACCACAUGUGGUGAAUUUAAGGAUGACAAGAGCAACAACCAGAAUGACACCAUUAAGUUCAGUGGUUUAAAACCUUACACCCCCUAUACGUGCAAAGUUACCAUGAAAUAUAAUGAUGAAAUUCUAAAAUCAGUUACUGAAAAAAACAGGACUUCCGCUGACCACCCUGCUCCACCAACAAUCAUCCAUAUAAGGAAUCGGCCCUCAAAUAACGCUUUACAUGUAACAUGUAAAAAUGGAACAUGGAAUGGUGGGAAAGGAAAGUUUCAUGCAACAAUAUACUAUACUGGGAGUAUAGUGAGAAAUGAACCUCAAAUUGAGGACAAAUGUGAUUUUAAGUUUGAAGACCUCAGCUACUCAACACAAUACACAAUAGAGGUUAAAGCUGUGAAUGCAGAUCAUAAGUCAUCAAAUCCAAUAAAGGAAUCGAUGUAUACAUCAUAUAAUGACAAAGCUGUCAUUGGAAUCUUGGCUUUCUUCAUCAUUCUGACCACCAUUGCCCUCCUAUGUGUUCUGUAUAAAAUCUACAUUCUCCAGAAGAAGAAAGAUAAUGACAACAACGAAGAAGAAAUCCCACUUUCAACAAACCCCUUGAUGACAGUGGAACCCAUCGCCGCUGACAACCUCCUAGAUGCCUACAAGAAGAAAAUUGCAGAUGAAGGCCGUCUUUUCCUAGCAGAAUUUCAGAGUAUUCCCAGGAUUUUCAGUAAUUACACCGUCAAAGAGGCCAAGAAUCCGGAUAACCAAGCAAAGAACCGUUACGUAGACAUCCUUCCAUACGACUACAAUCGAGUGCAGCUCUCAGGCGCUGGCGGAGGGGUAGAAGCUGGUGGGGACUACAUCAAUGCCAGCUUCAUUGAGGGUUUCAAGGAGCCAAAGAAGUACAUUGCUGCCCAAGGCCCCAAGGAAGAGACCAUACUGCAUUUCUGGAGAAUGAUCUGGGAGCAGAAAUCCUCCAUCAUCGUCAUGGUGACUCGCUGCGAGGAAGGGAACAGGAACAAAUGUGCUCAGUAUUGGCCAUCCAUGGAGAGAGAAACGGAGAUCUACGAAGACUUUGUGUUAAAAAUUAAGAAAGAAGAACUCUGUCCUGACUACAUCAUCCGCCACCUCACCAUAAUCAAUCUCAAGGAUAAGUCGACUGAGAGGGAAGUGACCCACAUCCAGUUCACCAGCUGGCCUGAUCAUGGUGUCCCCAGCGAGCCACACCUGCUGCUGAAGCUGCGUCGCCGAGUCAACAGCUUCAGCAACUUCUUCAGCGGGCCCAUUGUCGUGCAUUGCAGUGCUGGGGUGGGCCGGACGGGCACCUACAUCGGCAUCGAUGCCAUGAUGGAGAGUCUGAAUGCAGAGGGCGUCAUGGAUAUCUAUGGCUACGUGGUGAAGAUGAGACGCCAGCGCUGCCUCAUGGUGCAAGUGGAGGCCCAGUACAUACUGAUCCACCAGGCUCUGAUUGAGUUCAACCAGUUCGGAGACACAGAGGUCCCCCUGACAGAGCUGCAUUCCUCCAUCACCACUCUCCAGGCCAAGGACCUUGACGAGCCCACCCUUAUGGAGGGAGAGUUCCAGAGACUUCCCAAGUACAGAAACUGGAGAACCCUCAACACAGCAAUCACUGAGGAGAACAAGAAAAAGAACCGUUACUCGACCUUCAUCCCAUAUGACUUUAACAGAGUUCUAGUCAAACUAGAAGAGGAGAGCAGCCGCGAAAGUGAUCAGGAUGAUGAUGAUGAUGAUUACUCCUCUGAUGAUGAUGAGGAAGAGUCCACCCAGUACAUUAAUGCCUCAUAUAUUGAUGGCUACUGGAGUCCGAGAAGUCUGAUUGCUGCUCAGGGACCGUUGGCAGGCACCAUCCCUGAGUUCUGGCAGAUGGUCUACCAGAAGAAGGUCAAAAACAUUGUCAUGCUCUCCAAGUGCAAGGAGGGUGACCAGGAGCUGUGUGCUGAGUACUGGGGCCAAGAGAAGAAAACCUACAAGGACAUUAGCGUAGAGGACACAGCAAGCGUCACAUCUCCAGCCUACAUCAAAAGGACCAUCCAAUUACAGCAUGCCAAGAGGAAAGACGCUCGGAAGGUGCAGCAGUACCACUUCCAGAGCUGGCCAGAGGAGGGUUUACCGCAGAACCCCCAGGACUUGGUGGACAUGAUCAAAAGCAUCAAGCAGAGCAUCGGCAGCAGCAGGGCGGACAGAAGCGUCCCAGUGGUGGUUCACUGCCAAAAUGGAACUACUCGCAGUGGCAUUUUCUGUGCCCUAUGGAACCUUCUGGAGAGUGCAAACACAGAGAACCUGGUUGACAUCUUCCAGGUCUGCAAAAGUUUACGCAAGGAACGUCAGGGAAUGAUCUCCGAUUUUGAGCAUUACCAGUUCCUGCACCAGGCCGUGGGGGGUGCCUUCCCCGCGCAGAAUGGCGAAGUCAGGCAGACGUCCGCGUCACCCACGGACUCGGUGCAGAUUGUGAAUGAGGUUCCCGCAAGCACUACGACUGUUGACCAGCAGGUGGCGGAAUCAGCGCCAGCGCCAUUGCAAGUGGAGCAGGCAGAGUCAAAGGACGACGCCGAAAUGGAAAAGGAGGCAGAUGCUGCUGAGAGUAGCACCUUGCUACCAGCAGGGGGAGUCAGUGAGGUGGGUGAGGCAGCGGCUCAGCCCAGCACCGCCAAUGGCCCAACUAUAACGCUUGAGGUAUGAGAGGGAGAAAAGGAAAAAUAAUCGCUAUCAAGGAGUGACUUAAAGCAUAUCUGAGUUGUUUGUAUAAAUUAAUAAAUAAAUGGCGUGUUAUUUUUUAGCUUUGUAAGAUUCAUCAAAUACUAGUUGUUAUGAAAUAGUUUGCAUCAUUUUUAGGAAUGUUUGGGCUUUUAUCGAAUGUAUUGUAAAAAAUCAUUAUGGUGUUUUAAACAACAUUUCCUAUUGAAACUAAAUUAUAAGUCUUUUUUGCUUUUUUAUUAUUCAUCCUUUCCAUGUAAAUGUAUGCUUUACUGCACUACAUUGCUCUUUUCAAACUAUAGCCUACCAUUUUAUAUAAAAACAUUUUGCAUUUGAGUUCUUGCUUGUAUGGGAUACAAUGAAAUAAAUAAAUGGUACAUCGGAAA